AUGUCGAACACCAUCGUGAAUGGCCUUGUCGGAGCUGGCGGAGGUAUCAUUGCUCAACUCAUCACGUAUCCUCUCCAAUCGGGUCAUGGGAGCUUACCAGAACAUAAUAAUGCAAAUGGAGAGCAUAGUGUAUCUGGAGACCUGCAUGGUGUUCAACCAGAUCCUGUAGCUGCUGAUAUUCUUAGGAAAGAACCAGAGCACGAGACCUAUGUAAGGCUGAGAAUCAGCCCAUUUGAGACACCAUCUUCUGAUGAAGCAGAGGUUUAUAGAGCAUUACAAGGGUGUAUUGAGAUGCAAAAGAGCUAUGUGUUCAGAGAAAGCAUUGCUCCAUGGGAGAAACAAGUUAUAUCUGAUCCUAGUUCUCCAAAGCGUAAUCCAAAUCGUUUUGAGUAUAUCCCUGAGACAAAAUAUGAUCAUUAUUUUCAAAUGGAAGAUGGCGUGUCCAAGUUCAGAAGGAAACCAGAUGAGGUUGUAAUAUUUUGUGAUGGGACAUAUCUGACCUUAAAAGAGGUUUUUGAGAGCUUGGAUUUAACCGAAUAUGACCUGAAUGUUGAUCAAUUAGAUGCUUCGGGAGAUUUUCUUGAAACAGGACAAUCUUAUUCAAGAUCUUGA